AUGGCGGAGGCGUCGAGGGGAAGACCGAAGACUAAGAUCGUGUGCACCUUGGGCCCGGCUUCGAGGUCCGUGGAGAUGAUCGAGAGGUUUCUGAUGGCGGGGAUGAAUGUGGCCAGGUUCAACUUCUCCCACGGUUCCCACGCUUACCAUCAGGAAACCCUAGACAGCCUCUGCGUCGCGAUGGACAAGACCGGAAUCCUUUGUGCUGUCAUGCUCGACACGAAGGGCCCUGAGAUCCGGAUUGGGUUUUUGAAAGAUGGCAAACCUAUCCAUCUACAAAAGGGCCAAGAAAUCACUAUCACUCCAGAUUAUAGCAUAAAGGGUGAUGAAAACAUGAUAUCAAUGAGCUACAAAAUGCUAGCAGAGGAUUUGAAGCCAAACAGUGCCAUUUUAUGUGCUGACGGGACUAUUACACUUACGGUGCUUGCUUGUGACAAGGAGUCAGGACUGGUUCGUUGCCGCUGCGAGAAUUCUACAGUCCUUGGUGAGAGGAAAAAUGUCAAUCUUCCCGGCGUUAUCGUCGAUCUUCCAACUCUAACAAAGAAGGACAAGGAGGAUAUCCUGAAAUGGGGCAUCCCAAACAAAAUUGACAUGAUUGCCCUGUCCUUUUGA